AUGUCAAACUAUUUGCCAGUAGAGAUAAUUGAAGAAAUUCUUGUAAGACAACCGGCGAAGUCAUUGAUGCGAUUCAGGUCCGUUUGCAAGACAUGGUACUCUCUCAUCUCUAACUCUCGCUUUGCCACCGCUCACCUCGCUCGCAGCAACCAACGCCCAUCACCCUAUUUUCUAUUUGAUCAACGUGGAUGCCGCGGAAAUCUACGUUUUAGUUUGCAUGGCAAUCCAGCCAUAGACUCAUCAGAUUUCCCUGAGUUCCACACUCCAUAUGAGGAUAGAUAUGCCAACUUCAAAAUAGUCGGUUCAGUCAAUGGACUAAUUUGUCUGGUUGCAAAUAGUGGAAAUUUUAUCCUUUGGAACCCUUCUAUUAAUAGAUACGUGAAACUUCCAGAUCUCCGUCGUACACUAUAUAUUUGUUGCCAUGGCUUUGGAUAUCACGCCCCAACUAACGAGUACAAAGUGGUGAGAAUUAGGUAUCCGGAGGGGGGCGAGGAUACUCCUCUUGUGGCUGAGAUUUAUAGUUUUAAUAAUGGUGAAUGUCGCCUUUUGACUUUCUCACCAAGUGCUCCUUUUAUUCUUCGACCAGAUACUGCCUCAGUUUUUAUGAAUGGGGCAUUGCAUUGGCUUGUUAAUCGGAAGCAAAACCUCAGGUACAAUUUGAUUAUGUCUUCUAAUUUGGGUGAUGAAACUGUUUUUUAUGAAGUGCCUGUGCCUAAGGUUUUAGAAAUAGAAAAUUAUCAAAUUAUUCAAUAUUAUUCAUCAAUAGUGGGAAAAAAUAUUGCCAUGCUUAACGGAUUACUUGCUCUACACGGAGGGGUGCGUUCACCGCAGUUGGCAAAAAAGCAUGAUGUGUGGGUGAUGAAAGAGUAUGGAGUUGUGGAAUCUUGGACUAAGCUAUACGUUAUUAAUAUGAGUGAAAGAUUGGGAAGGGUGAUAGGUUUCAAGAAAGAGAGAUGGGGAAGGGUGAUAGGUUUCAAGAAAAAUGGUGAAGUUCUUGUAACUUUUCCAGAUAGAUAUCCAUCUUGCAAAAACGACUUGUCUUUAUACGAACCAUACAGUCAAAGAAAAAUAUGGAAUCUUCAAAUCAAUACAGGUUGUUUCUAUUUGGAUAAUUACGUGGAAAGCCUAGUUCUAUUGGAUGUUAAAAGAGCAAGAGUUAUCAUAAAAAGAUCAAGAAAAAACCAGAACAAGAAGAAUAUGAAGGUGGCCCGGAUACCUUAA